CGUGGGCGGAAGUCAGGGACGUCAUCAAAACAGUGAGACAGGAGGAGGGAAGCUGCUCGUCAGUGGAUGUGACACGCUUACAAAUAAAUAGAAAACAACCCAGCAAGCAGCAGGAAACCAUGAUCCGGCUCCAGCAGCGUGUUUAGUGUGCUCGAUUCAACCGGACAGCGGACUUUUGUCAUAUUUUUCUCCCUUCCAGAGUUCUCGGAGGCAACAGCAGCACCAUGGUGAAGCAGUCGGACCGAGCCCCGCUGUUGGACUGGGAGGAGAUCCCACCGCCCGAUCCGAACCAGACGGCCCCGCCGCUGCCGCCUUCGCCGCCGCGGGAGGAAGACGCACCGCCGGAGAAAAGUUCGCAGCCAGCCGUGCGUCGCGCACCCACGGGCAUCGCGGCUGGUACUGGGUGGAGCAGCGGCUGCAGCACCGCCACCACCGCCACCAUCACCUGCAGCCCGACGAGGAAUCUCACAGCUGUUGUUGGCAGCAGGGACGGGAGCCCGGGCCGUCCGCGAUCAGGGCUCUCUGGGCACGGGUGGGAUCGCCCGCAGCCUCUCGGUACAGAUCGUCAUGUUCCCUUCCCCGGCCUCUCGGUGAGGGAUCAGUGGGAGGAAAAAGACCAGAUCGUGGCUGUGUUUGUGGUUACCUUUGAUACGAGAUCAGGGAAUAUGGUAGAGUGGUGCCUGCCUCACGACAUCAACCUAGACGGAGUCGAAUUCAAGUCCAUGGCCAGCGGUUCCCAUCGGAUCACCAACGACUUCAUAUAUUUCCGUAAAGGCUCUUACUUUGGCCUGGCCUGUUUUGCCAACAUGCCUGUGGAGAGUGAGCUGGAGCGAGGAGCGAGGAUGAAGUCUGUGGGAAUUCUGUCUCCCUCCUACACUCUGCUCUACCGCUACAUGCACUUCUUGGAGAACCAAGUCAGACACCAGUUGCAGUGUCCAGGCCAGUAUUCUCCACUGGAGGCCUUCUAUGAGGAUAAGAAGGCUGUCCUCCCCCCUACAGGGAAUGGUCUGGUCACCGCCUGCCCAACCUGGAGUAUUACCACCAUCAACCGCUGCAUGCACCCAGAAAUGAAGAUCACCCACCCGGCUGGCUGCAUGUCCCAGUUCAUCCAGUUUUUCGGGGAGCAGAUAAUGGUGCUGUGGAAGUUUGCCCUGCUUAGGAAACGUCUCCUCAUCUUCUCCCCUCCACCUGUAGGCGUGGUCUGCUACAGGGUGUAUUGCUGUUGCUGCCUGGCCAAUGUCUCCUUACCUGGAAUUGGUGUCUCCGUGCCUGAAUUACGGCCUUUCUUCUACAUCAACAUAGCCGACAUCCCCGCCCUGGAAACAGAGAUGUCAUACGUGGCCUGCACCACCGAGAAGAUCUUCGAGGAGAAGAAGGAUCUGUACGAUGUCUACAUUGACAACCAGAAUGUGAAAACGCACAGAAGCCAUUUGCAGCCGCUCCUCCGACUGAAUGCUGCGGAUAAGGAGAAGUACAGGAAACUGAGCGAACAGAGGCAAAUGUUGCUGUACUCUCAGGAGGUGGAUGGAGACUGCACAUCAAAUGAAGAGGAUCUUUUCAUCCUGUUCUUCAUGGAGUUGAAUAACCGCAUCUUCCAGACCCUGUCAGAGGUAGCAGGGAGCGCUGAUCCCACCCUCACUGCUGAGCAUGUGAGGGCCAUGGGGCUGGAUCCCCAGGGCGAUCGCUCCUUCCUGAUGGACCUGCUGGAGGUGUACGGCAUUGACGUCACGCUGGUCAUAGAAAACCUCUGCUGCCAAUGAGGCUCCCUCCAGCUGGGAGAAACCUGGAAUAACACUGGAUAUUUGUGCCUUCAAGGCCUACGUACACACACGCACACACACCAAAACACUGAAGACACUGCCUCAACCCUGGGACUUCCAUCUGUUAUCUGCUGUCCCCUGUGGAGUUUCCAACCAGUGUGGACGAUGACGAUUGGUGCACUGGUCCACAGUGGCUGAUAAACACCUGCCUCGUAGACAAUGCCGCUUGGCAGCAGUGUGCUCUUAUACUCAUCUUAUAUCACUCAGUACUGUUUUUUUGUUGUCAGAAAUAUUUGUUUGCUUGUGUGUUCCUAGCGGCCCGGACUGAAGAAUUUUAGUAAAAACAGAAGUCUUGGUCAGGUCUGGUCUUCACUGGCCACCGGAUUGGUCGUUCUUCUCUGCAGCCGUCGUAAUGAAGAAUUCACUGGGAGUUUUUACUGCUAGAGAUGAAUUUGUGUGCUUCAACUGCAUUUUAUAGAAGAUUCUAGCCAUCAUAAUGUGCAACAAUACCAUACUUGGAUAUUAUGUUCGUAUUGUUCUGACAUCAAACGCUUUUUGACCACUUUAUUCGCCUUUCAAAAAGGAAGCAAUAGGAGUUAGGUGAAAUUACCAGCCUUCUUCAUGUCUCUGCUUUUUUUUUUUUAACUAUUUCUUUCACAACUGAAAGUUUGUUAAGGAGCGUGAUAUCCUCUUUUUAUAACGGGGGGUUUUGGUUCAUUAUUAUGAAGCUGACUCACAGAAUGAGAUGGGGGGGAAAGCUUUUAAAUACUUUGUUCACCUUUAUGCACCUUCAACACGAUAACGUGUUUCACGUGUUUUACCUUCGUACGUCUUGAUCAGCUGAGGUUCCUGACUCGUCAAUGAAUGUGAUUCUAUAACACUAACUCAUCACGAAUGCAGCACCAUGUCCGCCACUGGACUAUUUCCCGAUGCACAUAGUGAUCAUGCUUAACUGUACCUUUCUGUUUGUUCUUUUGGAGUCGUGUGUGUGUGUGUGUGUGUUUUGUCCUCUUAUACAGGCUUUCAUUGUUUUCGUUUUUUUGAGGCUGGUUCAUCGGCGGAUGCUAAUAUUUCUUCCUGGUGAGUGAAGAGUCCUUGAUGGAGCUGUUUGUAAUUUACUUGUGGGGAUCCUCUUUGUUUGUCUGUGUCUUUGACAAAGAUCUCUUUGUGUUUCUGGAGAUGUGGUGUUAGUCACAGUGUGGGCUGAGCAAAAGCUUUAACUCCUCCUCUUUGGGCAGAUUCACAGAGCACCCCUCCCUCCCUCCCUCCCUCCCUCCCUCCAUUCCCCUGUCUGUGCCAGCUGAGGGUUUCUCUCAGUCUUUUCAUCACAGUCCCAUUGAGUGAAUCCAGCUCCAAAGAUGGGCCAACUUUGUCUUUUGAAUUACCCUGGCAGACUGGUAUUAGUUCAUCCAUCACGUUGCCAAUCAGAGUGAUAAUUUGUUCCAUGUUGGAACACGAGGCUAAGGCUUGCCUCUUAUACGUUUGGAGUAGUAGUUCUCAAGCUUCUUGUGCCCCCCCCCGUGCAAGCUUGCAUUUUUUAAAAAUCUUUUUUUAAAUUCAAUGCUCUACAUAUUCUUUUUUUUUCAUUGACACAUUUCAGAAAUGAUCUUUCGGGGGCUGAUCCCCAGGUUCAGAACUACUGCUGCCCCUCCCCCCCCCAAAGAUGCUUUCUGUGUUGGUAAAAGAAAAAAAAACUGCACUAAGUAUUGUAUUUGAAAGAGAACGGAACUAGCUUUGUUGUUUAAAUGGGGCCUUAAGGAAAUGUGAUUUUCUCAAACUUACCACAGCAAAGUGACUCAUUUCUGUGUGUGCGUCAGCACUGUUUGCUGACAGAUUAAGAACGUUGUCCUUGGAAUUUCUGAAUGACAUUACUGUCAUUCAACAGUGAAAACCUGUUGACUCUGACUGGUCUAUGUAUUCGUCAGCAGACGUACAGUCUCGCCUCCGACGGUGUAUGUUAAACGUGAAAGGGAAUGUACACAACACACACCACCUGUAUCAAUGCCUUCUUUGUGGAGCCGUUCACAGAUGUGUACCAGCAUUAGCCAAACGAGUCAUUUGUACAGUGUCACUCUACUGAAUGUCAAAGACAGCAAAAGUAUUGCACACAUGCAGCAGCACACCCAAGUAGUUUUCUCCUUGAUUGUAAUGUAAAUCAAGAGUAUCCACGGAAUAAGUCUUUACCUUUACUAAUGUGAAACACUGUAAGAGAUGUCAGUAAAUGUACACAUGAACUCAAUAGCAUGAGCAACUGUUAAUUUCACUGUACUGCCAUUGUUAAACAAUAAAACAUUGAUACAGUUUA